AAAAUUAUAUGUAUGUCUUGUAUGUUCAAAAGCCUCUCGUAGCAUUGAAAUAAAAGAUGAACAAAUGAUAAUUAUAAAUUAAUCUUAAUAUGUUCAUGAGGCAUUUUGAACAAUAAUCGUCCUGGAGAGACAGCUGAUAUCAGUCCUGUGCUGUAUUUUAAGGAACCUUCAAGCCUAAAUGUUACCAUAUUUUAAUCCGAAGGGACAAUGAUACAAUAAAAAGUGUUUUUGUGGAUCUUUUGUUGACAUAUAAGGGAUUCUUUUUUGUUUUUUUUACAUACUGCAUUGAGGAUGUCCAAUGCCACCCUGCCGCUCCUUCUUGCCACUCCUUUGCCACCCAAUGUCAAAUGUUGCAUCCCUGCUGAUCAGUGCAGGAGACGUGGGGCCCUUUAAACUGCCCACACUGCAGCUGAGGUAAGAAGUGGAGUGCGGAUGGAGAGCCUAUCAUGUUUUAUUGCCUUUGCCUUCUACAUCACCACACGUCUCUCUUGGUAUGCAGAGCAAUGCCUGACUGCAGGUUUGACUAAGCUUUAUAUAUCAGCCCAUGCAGCGGUCAGUGCUCACUCUGUUUCCUCCUCACCUUCCUCCUGAGCUGCAGGUCCAAUAAAAGGUCGCCUAUAAGCUUACAGUAUGUGUUUCUGUGUGUGUCUCCCUCAUAAUCCUCUGUCCCAAUGGGCGAUUCUUUCAUCCACGUCGUUACAAGUCAGUGUCUGAGGACGCUGUUCUGCUCUAAUGGGAACGUGUGUGUGUGUGUGUGUGUAGUAGGCGUUGGGACGCAUGCACUUACUCUGCAUGAGCUCUAUGUGCAGCCCAGACUCUGCAGUCAGUCACGUCGGGAUGGAAAUAUGAAAAGAAGACAUUAAAAUGGGUGUAUUGAAAUGAAGAGGUCGUCUAAUUAUUACUUAUUGGUAAUAAGAUCAUCUUAUUUGAAGCCACUCUCUGUGGACUGUUUUUACCUUUGCGGCUUUCUGCAGCCGUAACCUGUCACGCGUCACGGCAGCGUGGAGCGGGAACAGUGGAGGCUGAUCAUUCUGCUGAUCCCAGCACCUUUUGGUUGUUAAGGGAAGCACCGGCGUCUCCUUGAUCGUUUCCCUCCUCCCUUUUUCUUUUUUUUUUUUUUGUGCCAAUCGCCAUCCCACGACAGCAGGAGGAAAGGAGACGGGGAGGGGGGAAAGCGAGGACACACCCGCACAUACUGUACCCGCUGUACACGGUGAGGAUGCCGCAGACAACAUGAGGUGAAUUUCAUCCACUGUCUCACAUUGGAAAAUUCAUAUCUAUAUUUUUUGUACUCUCUCUACAUGAAGUCAGGAGACCUGAGUGUCGCAGCAGCUUAUUCGCCUUCCUGGUCACAGCAGGAGCUUCAACUCCCACCAGACACGAAGAUGAUGUUAGCAGUCAGACCCUAGGUGACAUCCUGUGGCCGUCAGGUCUUUACGGUGUUGAGCCCCCUCCCUCUCCUGGUUCCUGCCUGCAGUUCUCCAGGCUGCAGGACCCAGACUCACUGAAAAGUGCAGGCCUCCUCUCCCUGCAGAAUGACUGUUGCCACAGGCGACCCCUCUGACGAGGCGGCUGCACACCCGGGACACCCACAGGACUACGACCCGGAGGCCGACCAUGAGUGCUGUGAGAGGGUGGUCAUUAACAUCUCAGGGCUGCGCUUUGAGACACAACUCAAAACCCUCUCCCAGUUCCCAGAGACGCUUCUGGGGGACCCCAAAAAGAGGAUGCGGUACUUUGACCCGCUGAGGAAUGAAUACUUUUUCGACAGGAACAGACCCAGCUUUGACGCCAUAUUGUAUUAUUACCAAUCAGGGGGCCGGCUAAGAAGGCCGGUUAACGUCACCCUUGAUAUUUUCUCAGAGGAAAUUCGCUUCUAUGAGCUGGGCGAGGAGGCCAUUGAGAUAUUCAGAGAAGAUGAGGGCUUCAUCAAGGAGGAAGAGCGGCCCCUUCCAGAUAAUGAGUUUCAGAGACAGGUGUGGCUGCUGUUCGAGUACCCAGAGAGCUCAGGUCCUGCUAGGAUUAUUGCCAUAAUCUCUGUCAUGGUCAUCCUGAUAUCUAUAGUCAGUUUCUGCUUGGAGACGCUCCCCAUAUUUCGCAACGAUGAGGAUGAUAUGCACAAGUCUCACUCGGAAAUCUAUUCACCUGAGACCAACACCACAAUUAUCAGAUACACGUCCACCUACUUCACCGACCCAUUCUUUGUCCUGGAGACCCUUUGCAUCAUAUGGUUCUCCUUUGAGUUCCUGGUGCGCUUUUUUGCCUGCCCCAGCAAAGCGGGAUUUUUUGUUAAUUUAAUGAACAUUAUUGAUAUUGUUGCCAUCAUCCCUUACUUUAUCACUCUCGGCACAGAGCUUGCCGAGAGCCCAGAGGAUGGUCAAGCUGGUCAGCAAGCCAUGUCUUUAGCCAUUCUCAGGGUCAUCCGCUUAGUACGAGUCUUCAGGAUUUUCAAGCUUUCUCGUCACUCCAAGGGGCUUCAGAUUCUGGGUCAGACCCUGAAAGCCAGCAUGCGAGAGCUCGGUCUGCUCAUUUUCUUCCUCUUCAUUGGAGUCAUUCUUUUCUCCAGCGCGGUCUACUUUGCCGAAGCAGACGAGCCCGAAUCCCAGUUUGAAAGCAUCCCAGAUGCGUUUUGGUGGGCAGUAGUGUCUAUGACGACAGUUGGUUACGGUGAUAUGGUUCCAACUACCAUUGGUGGAAAAAUUGUGGGCUCCCUCUGUGCCAUUGCAGGUGUGCUGACCAUUGCCUUGCCAGUGCCUGUCAUAGUGUCCAACUUCAACUACUUCUAUCACCGUGAGACGGAAGGUGAAGAGCAGGCACAGUACCUACAGGUCAGUGUCACCAAAGCAGAUUCAGCGGAGGAGCUGAAGAAGAGCCGGAGUGGCUCCACCAUCAGCAAAUCGGACUACAUGGAGAUCCAGGAAGCUGUGAACAACAGCAAUGAGGAGUUUCAGGAGGAGAACCUCAAGACAGCCAACUGCACAUUGGCCAACACAAACUAUGUAAACAUCACCAAAAUGCUCACAGACGUGUAGUCAUCUGUGGAUUUCCUUCCCCGUGACAGCGGGUAAUGUGGAGCUGAGCAGCUGGACGGGACAGGUGUACCCUCCAGCACCUCAACAGAGCUGGAAAAAUUAAGGCAGUAGAAUUCAGGAUGUUGACGAUGACCGACGGUGAAAAAAAAUAAUCACAUAAACCAUUUGCUCUGUCUCAUCCCAUCGUCACUCUGUACAACCUGCCCGUAAAACUCCUGAUAAACUGUCAAAGAAGGUGAAAUUUCAAAUUUUGUUUCUGCAUGGAUUCGGCUUUGUCUGCUUGGCUGAUGCCUAAAAAUUUCCUAUUCACGACGGUAGCCAACAAUAGCGUAUAAUAAUAAGGGAGAAAACACAGCAAGAUAAAAAAAAAAAAAGAAAAGUAAAUUGCUAAAAAAAAAGAAGAAAAA